AAGAUCCUUUUUUUCAAAAAAAUAGAAAAGAAAAAUCUAGUUAUAAUUUAGUUGACCCAGUUGACUAGUCAAAAUCUACAAAAAGAACAGCCGUACUAAUGGACCUAGCUCCCUAUCCAGCAGUCACCCAUGACCCACCCAAUGAACCAAACCACAAAAAAAUGGGUCCAAGGCCAGUUUCUCAUACGGACAACCUCAUGGGGCGCCGGUUAGAUACUUGAGCAUUAGGGGAAGAUUUUCUGUGUAAGAUAGGGGAACCACUGAGUCCACACACCAUUCGUAUAGACCACGCUUUCAAGAAGCGCCAAUCUUCCACGAGCAGAAACAGAGAAUUCAGAGAAAGUGUGAAAGUGAGAUUUUUGAAGAUUGAAAUGGCUUUGGCUAAGGCAAAGGAGAUCGUUUCAUCCAACCCGACCGUGGUCUUCGGUAAGACACACUGCCCUCAUUGCAAGAAGGUCAAGCAGUUGCUGUCAGAGCUAAAAGUAACUUACAAGGUCGUAGAACUGGAUUUGGAAAUUGAUGGAAGUGAUAUUCAGGCUGCACUCUUAGAGUGGACAGGACAGAAGACUGUCCCUAAUGUGUUCAUUGGUGGCAAUCACAUUGGAGGCUGCGAUGCAACUAUGGCAAAGCACCAGGGGGGGAAGCUUGUGCCCUUGCUUACUGAAGCUGGAUCUCUUGCUAAAACUGAUGAUGUUGUUGCUUGAAACCAGAUAGGCCUGGCACGAGCACAUAGAAGGUGAAUGGCAGAAACUAUCAGAUGCCGAUUAGUACUUAAAACAGUUUCAACAGAGGGUUGAACAUAGUGUUGUGCUUGUGAUUGCAUCUGUAAUAAAAAUAAAACUUUCAAAUGGAAUAAAAUACGUUUAGUUUACUA